AUGUUUGUUCUCAGGAAUGUGGGGAAGUUGAUCUUCGGUGACACUUCGAAGGAAUCUCUGAUCGAACUACCUCAAGGACAGCUUUAUCUCGUCCGCCCACUCUCUCCGAAGGGCUAUUCUGAGCUCAUCUUCAAGGACGCCGCGGCGAGAAUCCGACGCACCAACCAGGAAUUUCAGUACCAGCUGGUGGUCCAGCGCGCAUACGAGGAAGGUGAGGAGGAGCUUGGAGACGACGAGGACGCGGAGGAAACCGAGAUCGCAGCUCUCGGUGCCGAGCGAGACGAGAAGACCUUUCUGCUUGACGAAGGGCUACAUUUCAGAUCUGAGAUCCGAGAGGGUGGGGAAAAGGUUCUAGCUUGGCGAGACUUGAGUGGCGACGCCGGUGACCUCUACGAAUUUGUUUGUGACCGCUCGAUUGGCACCCACGAAGUCGAGACUUUCGAGAUCACUGCCGCCAAGUGUCAAUACGAGCGAAAGCAUAGAAAGAGCCAUAAUACUGCGACAGUCGAGGAUCUUGCGGCGUUCACUUUUGAGAGCGAGGAGCCUAUCCCGAGCGCGAGCCCCCCACACAGCUCUCCAGUCAACACGAUGCCACCACCUCCGAGAAACACUGCCAACUCGGCGCUGAAGCGGGAGGAGCGGGAAAGCACUCCCUCGAAGUCCUCUCGACAGGUCGCACUCAAGGAGGAAGGUCCCACGGCUGCACCAGCCGUCGCUGAUCACCCAGAGGCGCUGUCGAUUCUGGCGGAAGAACCAGCCGAACUCCAUUUGUUCGACUUUGUAUCCGGUGCAUUCAUUCUGCAGGAUCCAAAAGUCAAGGCUACAGUAUCAGAGGUCGGUAAGUGGAGAUACUGGCUCCAAAUCGAGAGCGACGACAGAGACUGGCUCGGGCAGGAAGUGAUUGCGGAUAUUAACCCAGUUUUCAAUUUCGAUUACCUUUCCUUCAUUUUCAACGCCUAUACCCCGACUGGUGAUGCCUACUCAUGGCUGCUAAGAUUUAAGGAUCAGGAGAUGGAGACGAGGUUCCAAGAGGGUUUGAUGCAAGCCUUGUGGGAACAAUUGAACGAGAUAAAAUGGAACAAAAGCAAGGAUGAGGAGCGUGACUACGUCCUUGAAGCUUUCCAAGAUCUUGCUAUGGACGAUGUCCCCGAAGAGGAGGACGAAGAGGACGAAGAGGAGGAAGAGGAGCCCGAAGCUGAAGAUGAUGGCCAGCAAAGCGAGCACUACGACAGCGAUGAAGAGGACGACGACGUGGUCACUAGAGACGAUGACGGGAAUGUCAACUCGCAGCUGGCAGUGGGCUACAAGCACGAUCGGUCGUUUGUGGUUCGUGGAUCCAAGAUUGGUGUAUUCAAGCAUACCCCAAAUAACAAUCUUGAGUUCUCCACGAACAUUUCAAAGGUCGAGACACCAAAUGGAAAGCUCUUCAGUCCUAAGAAGGUCAUGCUUCACGCCGAGGAUACAAACAUGAUUCUUCAAAAUGAGGGCGACCCCAACUCGCUCUACCGAAUGGACCUAGAGUACGGCAAGAUCGUUGACGAAUGGAAGAUUCACGAUGAUAUUCCAGUCAAUACAUUUGCUCCCGAGAACAAGUUUGCUCAGAUGACUGGCGAGCAGACUUUCCUCGGUCUGUCACGAAACGCGCUCUACCGGAUCGAUCCUCGUCUUGCCGGCAACAAGCUUGUCGACACAGAGCUCAAGCAAUACGUCUCGAAGAACGAAUUUUCUGCUGCCGCUACUACCGAGAAGGGCUACAUUGCCGUUGCCAGUAACAAGGGUGAUAUUCGCAUGUUUGACCGUCUCGGCAUCAAUGCCAAGACGCACAUUCCUGCUCUCGGAGAACCCAUCAUCGGCCUGGAUGUCAGCGCUGAUGGUCGGUGGGUCUUGGCUACUUGCCGCACAUACCUUCUGCUCAUUGAUGCCAUGCAGAAGGAGGGCAAGAACGAAGGCAAGCUUGGAUUCGAGAAGUCCUUUGGCAAGGAUUCGAAGCCGCAACCUCGUCGUCUGGGUCUCACCCCAUCCCACGUUGCACAAUUCCAGCACGAGACUGGAGCAGCUCUCUCCUUCACGCCGGCAAAGUUCAACGCGGGAGAAGGCUUGUCGGAGACAUCAAUCAUCACUGCUACCGGCCCAUUCAUUGUCACUUGGAACUUGAAGAAAGUGCUGCGCGGCAGCAAGGACCCGUACAGCAUCAAGCGAUACGCCGAAGAGGUCAAGGCAGACAACUUCAAAUACGGCAGUGACAAGAACGUCAUCGUCGCCUUGCCCAACGAAGUCAAUAUGGUGGCCAAGCAGUCCUUCAAGAAGCCUACCAGAGAAAGUAUUGCGACUCCUGUUCGCAUUGGUGGUGGUAGUUUUGGCGGUCGACGAAGUGAGGGAGGUCGCCUCAGCACGAGAGACAGUGGGAGAUAUAAGCUCGGCAAGGACGAUGUGGUCGACUCUCCUUAUUAA